UAUAAAACGCGUGAACAACCGUACGGAUAAUGCAGUUUGCUCAGAUCAACUCAUCAGUGCUCGGCAAGCCUCCAGUCGCGACAGACGAUCGUAGUACGAAUAAUUUUCCUAUCAAGUGUCCAAGGACAAAGUGAUAAUGAGGCUUAACGCUAUCAUACCGAAUUUUAAGAUCGAUACCACGCAAGGUCCCAUCGACUUUUAUGAGUGGCAGGGCAAAUCAUGGGUAGUCCUAUUCUCUCACCCUGCGGAUUUUACUCCUGUUUGCACCACCGAAUUGGGCCGUAUCGCAGUGCAUCAACCGUACUUCGAAAAACGCAACACCAAGUUGCUAGCUCAUUCCGUCGACAAGCUCAAGGACCACGUGGACUGGGUCAAUGACAUUAAGUCGUACUGCAAGGACAUUCCUGGCGCAUUCCCGUAUCCCAUAAUCGCCGAUCCUGAUCGCAAGCUUGCAGUGCAGCUGGACAUGAUCGACGAGCAGGAUAAGGAUGAUCCGGAAACUGCUCAAACUGUUCGGUCUCUGUAUAUCAUCAGUCCGGAUCACCGUCUGCGACUUUCCAUGCAAUAUCCGACCUCUACUGGACGCAACGUCGAUGAAAUAUUGCGUGUGAUCGAUUCACUGCAGCUCGUCGACAGAAGGCCGGAAAUAGCAACUCCCGCUAACUGGGUGCCAGGUGAGAAAGUAAUGAUCCUGCCAACGGUGAAAGAGGAGGAUCUCCCAAAACUCUUUCCAGGAGGAGUUGAUCGUGUAUCCAUGCCGUCUGGAAAGGUCUACGUCCGCACUACCACUAAUUACUAAUGACUAAAACGUUUUAUCUAUGUCAGAUAACAUUAAAUAUCUUGUACAACCCAAGUAACGUUAAAUAUUCACAAAAUGUUCAAUUUGUAUUCUAAAUGUUGUACAUACAUGGCAUGAUAAAAAAAUGUUCAAAUGUUAAUGAAAUGUUCAGCAUGAUUGCUUUUUGACAAUGCCAAUAUUGAAAAUCUACAUACGUAUGUUUAUAUUAUGUAUAUUAUGGAUUUUCAGUACUGCCAAUUAACUUUGGAAUACUAUAUUGUAUAAAUUUUUGUAUUAUGUAUUAUUGCACAAUUUUGUAUUAUUAAAGUUAUUCACUCACAUUCAA